GCCGGGUUUUACCUCUGGGUGAGUGGGGGGGGGGGGGCGGGCGACGCAUUUCGAUUGUGAAACUGGCCAAGCCUGGGCGUGUGGAGAAACGAGGACAAGACAGAGCGACCAGAGGUUAAGCAUCCUCAGGAACCCUUGUAGGACCCCCGGGACCCGACGCGCUGCAGCGACGGAACCGAAGGCGCAGGGUAGCGGUUUCCGGCCGGCGGAUGAGGAAGCGCUGCGCACAGGGCUCCUCCGCGCGGCUGGCUGGCUGGGCUGGCUGUUUCCUUCCUUCCUCCCCCCCCCCUUCGCCGCGGCUGAGAUCCCGGGUCCAAGAUGGAGUCUCUGAGCAAAGCGGGGCAGGACAUGAGCCUGGCGGCCUUAAAGCAGAACGACCCCUACAUCACCAGCAUCGCCGACGUGACCGGCCAGGUGGCCCUGUACCGCUUCAGCCCCAAGGCCAACGAGUGGGUGAGUGGGGCGCUGAGCGGGGGGCCGGGGGGGGGGCAGGCGGCCGUGGGCGCCCCCCUCUCAGCCCCAGCUGUUAACCCUUUUCUCCCAGCCUCUCCACCCCACCCGCCCUCGUCCAAAGUCUCCUCGCGGGGUCCAAAGGCUCACGGAGAAGGAAGGUCCCGAUGGAAGAGGCGCACAAAAGCGCCUUCGCUUGGCGCCUGCCCCCCGCAAGGAAAGAGGGUGGGUUGGGUUGGGGGCGGGCGCGCACGUGCGGCUUUCCUUCCCCACCCCUCCUAUAUAUCCGUGACUGUCCGCAGAGGAAUGUUUUCGGUGGGGGAGAAGAGAGGAGGAACACGCCCACCUUGGUUUUCCGUGGUUCACCUCCUCCUCGUGCUCUUCUCCUCCUCCUGCCACUAACUCGCUGGGCUCAAAAUUCAGGGCGGAUUAGUUAGCGCCUAACACACCCUUUCAAAUUAGCCGGCCUCAGUUGAGGGUGGUUUAAAAACUGCUGGUAGGAACUAGUACUGGAAUGAACUUUUCUUUCCGUCGGUGCUUUUUCUGAGUCCUAGGAGGCCCUUGUGGCUGGCUGCUGGUCCACAGAUUCUGAAGACUGAAUAUGCCUAAAAUGCUGCUUUUAGCCAUGCCCACAUCCUAGAAUGGGUCUUACUGGAUCUUGCUGUCCCCUCCUCUCCAAAAUAUGAAAUAGCAUCCCUGGCCAGCCUUCAGAUUUGCAUUAGUUGUUGAAAUUAUGGAUCCAGAGAAUGAUGGCUUAUGUACUGUUGGUGUGUGUAUAUUGUCAGGGCUCAUAUCUGUUGGUGUGUGUGUAUAUUUGUGAGAGAGCAAGGUUUUAGCGACAGGUUAUAAUAAUAUAGUGCAGGAUUAUGAAAGCUGGAACUGAACUUCAUUUGAACCAAGUAGGAUUCCAGCUUGACUUGUGUACAUCUCUCCUCCUUUCCUUCAUAGGUCGGAGCCAGCCCAAGUUCAAGGCUUUCUUUUAGAUUACCUUAUUAUCACUAUGAUUCAGACUAGGAUGAGGGAGACGCAGGUUCAGAUCCCCACUCAGCUACAAAGCUUGAGGGUUGUUUGAAGGUGGAUUUCAACCCAUCACCAUUUUGCAGUCUAACCUACGUGAUAGGGCUGUUGUUAGAAAAAAACAUGUGGUUGUGGAAAGACCUCUGAGUUACUUGGGGGAAGGUAGGCUAAAUAAAUAAAUAACAGAGCUCCCACCUACACUGUUUCCUACUUAACCACAUAUUUUAGAGCAGGUGUGUGGAACCUGUGCACCUCCAGAUGCUGUUGGACUCCCAAAUUCCAUCAGUCCCAGCUGGCAUGUUUAGUGGUCAGGGCUGAUGGGAGUUGUAACCCACCCAACUGCUGGAAAGUCACAAGUUCCCCAUCUCUGUUUUAAAGGGGGCAUUACUGGACUGGUGAAGACUCUGCAGGUGCACUCAGCUUCUUACUUAGACAUGAAAGAGAUCACAAGGUGGAAAGUACUAGUCCUAUAUAGGGACUGUUUAUACAUUUUUGAUUGCACACAACUGUACCCAAACAGGAUUCUAGGUCAUUGUCAUCCAGAAUUCAUGACCUGUUCCAUGUGGAUUGACAAGGCUUGGACCCUUCUUGGGACCAAAUCAGAAGUUGAUGUACAUCCGAAAUCUGUUCUGGAAAACUGUUUGACAUCCAAAAGGUUCGACAACAACAACAAGGACUUUAUUUGCAUAGCCAACAGGCCAUAGCAUCAAAGGACAAACGCCGACAAAAAUACAUUACAAAUAUAGUUAAUUGAUGUACAUCUUUUUCAGUGAGCAAUGUGGCAUAUGCCAUCUCUGUUCUCACUGUAUAGGAAGCUGCUUUAUACUGAGUCAGAUACAGGUCAGUAUAGUUUACACGGACUGGCAGUGGCUCUCCAGAAUUUCAGACAGGAGUCUUUCCUAGCCCUGCCUUGAGAUGAUAUUGAACCCCUGGGCCUUCUGUAUUCAAAACAUGUGUUCUACAACUGAGCUAUGGUAUAGCUUGCAAUAAUUUUACUGCUCCCCACCUGCCCUUGCAGGACAUUUCUGCAUGGUGGUUAGUGGUGCAAACAUAUAGGUUGCAAUAACAAACAAACACAGCUGUUACCCUCUCCACUAUUUCAACAAGUCAUGCAAACUUAGGAAUAAUAUGUUUAUGUGAGAAAAAUUUUAGUGUAUGAAAUAUUCCUUUGUGUUCACUGAACCAUCUGCACAGUAAGUCUUGGGAUUCAUUAGAAGCACUGCAGAGGUAGCAGAAACUUCUUUUCCUAAAUGGGUCGGUAUCAGCCAUUUAAAGGCCACCUCCUCUCAUCUGAACUUGCCCAUUCCUCCUGCCUUCAGAUAUUAGGAUGGAGAAUAUGUGGGUAAGAGCCUUUUCUGCUGUUGUGCGCAGUCUUUAAAGCAAUCUUUUCCAAGAUAGUACCACACACUCUUGAUCUUUUUUGCUCUUUAGUGAGCCUACGUUACCACUUAUGUUACAAAGGAAUGGUAACAUAGUGGUAACAUGUUACCAAGGAAUGGGUUACCGCUCUUUCCUUUGAUCUUCUACUGCAGAACUUCCCAAACUUUUCUUGUUGGUGACACACUUUUAGACAUACAUCAUUUCAUGACACAGUAAUUUAGUUUUACUAGCAAACCGGAGGUUAAACUAACCCCUUUCCAGCCCUGGGAGGAGCGCAGGGAGUGUUCGCACUACACACCUACACAUUGCAGCCGACACACUAAUGUGUUGCAACACAGUUUGAAAAGCUCUGUUCUACUGAGUUGUUCUGAUUUGCCUCCAGUGAUCUCAUAUUUUGAUUUGAUUUUGUUUGGACUUUUUCCUUAUUGCAAGCAUAUUUUGAAUCCUGCAUGUGCCACUUCAUCUCUCCCAUGCAGGUUGUCUCUGUAAUGACAAAUCUUAGUUUUGCAAACAUAUACAUCAUUUUAAUAUUCGGUAUAUGUUACAGUUUAUAGCUCUUAAUAGAGGUCACCAUCCUUUUUGGGUACGUGGGCACAUUUGCUCACCAGAUAAAUUGUUGUGGGCACAACACAUAGCACAACCUAGUCUAUUGGCUACAAUUAUUCUUUCAAGACUAAUUUCAUCAGAGGCAGGGGACCCUAUGGGCUCUAAGGAAAACCUCUGCAGGCAUGUAUAUGUCUGUGGGCAUCAUCUUGGCAACCCCGACUCAGAAACAGAAUAGUAAUGUGGAAAACUUCAUGUGCUUAAAAAAAAUUUGCAGACUGCAAUUCUGCCUUGACUUUGACUGUCUGAUUUAUCUUAUUUGCCCAUUGUGUGGUGUAGUUGAUGCUAUUUAAUAGCUCACUUUAUCUGUCCCUAGUUGCCCACAGAAUUCAUGGAAAAACAACAAAUAAUUAAACUUCAGUUUUUUAAUACGAAUUUAGCAUGACAGAUCAAAUGUAAAAGUACAUGCAAUUUAACACCCUAUUUAUUUAUCAUUACCUUUUGAACCAUGCCAGUGAAUCCACCAUAGAUUUUUUUAAAGUUCUAAAUAUUGUGUGGAGUGCUGUGCCUUCCUGCUUGGAGUCACCUUACAUUAUAUAUAGCAAUAUUAAAUGCCACCAUGUAUAAACAUUUGUAUUGAUGUAUUUUUCUAGACCUCUAGCAUAAUUUCAGGGUUUGUUUUCAUUAUGUUGGAGCAGAUGUUAGUAUGUACAACUCAACCACCUUCUUGACAGCUCUCAGCCAUAGCAUUCAGCCAUAACAGUUGUAUUCUUAACCAUGAAAAUAACUAGGAUCCAUUAAGUGCUAUAGUUAUAAUUUUAUGUUAAAUGUAAAGCUCAGGGAAUGAGCUGAAGGCACCUGAGCUGAAAGCAAGUAGUUCUGGUCAGCGAUUGUUUAGAAACCACAAAUGCACCACCUUGGGUUCCAUGAUGGAAAAAAGAUGGGAUAUAAAUGUAAGAAAAUAAAUAAAGCAGGGGCUGUAAUGCUUAAAUUAAUUUAUUGCUACAAUUUCUUAUUGUUUGUUACAGGAGAAGACUGACAUUGAAGGUACUUUAUUUGUAUAUAAAAGGUAAGUGUAUAUCAAUCUUAUUCUAGAGUCAGUUUUGCUUUCAACACUAUAAAUUGCAAAACUAUUUGCUGUUCAAAUAGAGCAUGCCUAUUUUCCCCUACCUGCAGUUCUAAGAAAACAAAUUUGGGCGUUCUUUUGAUAAACAAGGUUUUCAGGAAAGCUUACAUGCUACUGUGUUGUGCUGGUGUUAGCAACCCUGUAUAUGAUAUUAUUUAAAAAUUUGCCAUAUAUUUUAUGUAAACAAAUAUGCUUCAAAUUCUGGUGUUUGUAAGGAAGAACCUCCCUGUUCCUUGGUCACAUUAAAUGGUAUUUCUGUACCUUCCCCAAUUCUUGGAUAUCCUUCUUAAGAAGGGGUAACUAGUACUGUACACAUUUGAAAUGGCUAUAGUAUGCUUAAAUAAAGAAAGAAAAUACUUUCCUAGUAACUGUUUUCACACUAAAUUUGCCUCUUUCAAAUUUCACUGAUUUUUCCUCCAGUGAACCAGAUAAAUCUUUCCUGGAUAAUCACAACCAGUUUAGCCAAAUUCUCACAGGACAUGGCUUGUGGCAUAUGCCUUCAGUGUGGAAAGCUUUAUAACUCAAUAAAGCUUUCCAUUGGCUUCAUUUCAGCAUCUGCCACAAAAUUCUUGUUAUCUUUUACUCUUUGAGCAAUAUCCUUUCUUUUUACCCUUGUUUUCCAUUAUAUACAUGCCUGUGACUUUUUGUUCUUCAAAAUUUAUCCCUUCAGCCCUCCCAGAAGUUCCAUUCUAUACAUUCCUUGCUGGUGCCUAUGCCCAGAGCACUGUCUCCUUUCAAAUCCUUCAUCAUGAUGCGCCUUUCCUGUGAAGCCUUUGGCUUAACUUGUUUAGUCCUUAUCCCCAAGUAAAAGGCAACCUUAAUAUGUACUUGGUUUUUUGAGCCCUCAUGUUUCUUGCUUCUGCUUUCCCUCUCUACCAUUUGUUUCCCCCAAAGUCAAAAUUCUUCUUAUUUAUUAAACUUGUUAGUUUCAUAAUACAGGCGCUCCUGUAGAAUGUACAAUAAUAAUUAGAUUGUAAAUUUCACGAGGAAGGACAUAAUCUGGAUAUGAUGUGUAUUGUGCACUGUAAAUUAUAGGCAUGCAGGGGUAGAUUGGGAUCUUCUGGUACAGUCAUAUCUCAUGUGUCCGCUUCAGGUUGCAUGUUUUCGUCUUGCAUCCCACAGCAACCCGUUCCUCCGGGUUUUGCCGCUUGCGCAUGCGCAGAAGUGCUAAAUUGCGCACCUGUGCAGACGCGGCACUUCAGCUUGCAUCAGUUCCGUGUUACGAAUGGGCCUCCGGAACGGAUCCUGACCGUUACACGAGGUUCCAUUGUACACUUCUUGACAAUUUGAAGUAGAUUGGCAAGGAUUUCUGACUCCCCAGCUGAUUAACAGUGACAGCAACAAAACAGCUCCCCCACUAACUUAUACUGUUGAGAUGAACAAAAGUGGGAAUAUUCAGGAGAGGAAUUUUGUGUGGAAGCCUUAUGAGUUCAGUUCAUAGAAUUGUAGAGUUUGAGGGGAUUCCUGAGGGUCAUCUAGUCCAGUCCAGUUCUGCUACUCAUAACAAAUUCCUGGGCUCAGAAUGUUGACUGUAUGCCUUUCGCACCAGGCUCUUAGUUAAAAAAAAUGAAAUGGCUCCCUCAAGUCUGCGCACUCCUUCUGUAAAUAAUGGCAAAACAUUCACUUAGACAAUAACAUAAGGUUUUUGGUAAGACAAUGAUCUAGUGAUAUGUGGUUAAGAUUUGAUCUUCAUAUUUAAUAGGGUGGGGUAGGAUUUUAAUGUUGCUGCAAGACAAGCAUUUCUGGUUUAUUAAGAUUCUCUUUUAUGUAUUUUAUAUUUUGUAUUAUAUAUACUUUUAUAACUGUUAGCUGCUUAGAGACAUGUUUGUAGUCCGUAACAAACAAAUAUAAAUAAUAAUGAUUUAAUAUUUUUAAUUACAUCAAAAAUGCUCAGCUACUCUUUCCAUAGAUGUUAGCGGUUGACCCCUAGUGGUUCCCAUGCAGAAUAGGGCCCAAGGGGAGGUAACCUAGUUUAUUUCAGGUUCUGCUUUUGCACUUCUCAUAUAGGCAUGUGGUUGGCCACUGUAAAAACAGGAUGCUGGACUAGAUGGGCCAUUUUAUGUUCUUAGCUGCCUCUUCAGGUGGCAGUCUCUGCCAGUGGUAAUGUACCUUUCCCCCUGACUGUUUUUAGUAAACAUUGAAUUUGCAAUGAAGAGAGGAAGUGUAUAACUGUGAGAGUUUCCCAUAGUAUCUUCAGACCUAUGGUAGAGGGGAUGUAGAGGAAUGGUAUUAACAAUAAGUAACAGGUGACACUUAUAUAAUAUUCUCCCCUUCCUUCCUUCCUUUCUGUUUUGACUUACUGAACUAAACUGGCUUGAAAGAAUGGCCAUAGAAAUGCUGUUAAGCAAAAGAAUAGUAGUUGCAGUGUAUCAUCAUUAUACGAAAUAAUUUAAUGUGACACUAGAGUUUGAGGUUAAAGGGAGUAUUUUAAAUAUAUGGUAAAUAGAGGGUAUAAUCUUGAAAUAGAGCUGCAGGAGUUUUUUGAGGGAGGAGGCCAACUUUAACUGCUGGAAAUAUUUAGAGGAUGAGUUGGUGCUUGAAGGGGGCCCGGAGAAUCACUUUACAAGGUAGUGGACACUUGUGGUCAGCAGAGUGUUGUAAUCUGUGGGUGAUGAGAUUAGGAAAUGUCUUCAUCACUAAAGCAAUUUAAUCUUUGGGUUUACUUAGGCCUGUAACAUAGAUAUGCUGUGUGCUUCAUUCUAAUGGUUGACUGUUGCAGAUGGAGUGUCAGGUUGCAACUGAAUAUGCAUGCUUUUUAACUACUCUGUCUGUUGGCUGGGGGUCUUUAACUCUCUGUUUCCGUUCUUGAACUUGCCACUCUCAUCCCCCUUAUCAUGCAUACUGGACAUCUCUAAUGACCCUAGUUGGGAUUGUCCUUACAUAUAACUUGGGGGGUGCAGAACAUGAAAGUCCUUUUCUGACCCACUCAGUUAUCCGUAGAAGAUGAGAUGGGAGCUUUGUGGUCUGUACAGUUUAAUGUAGGCUUCCAGGCCUAUUUCCUGGUACUUAAGCCAGCAGUCCUAACCCUACUAACCCCCGCCCCCAGCCCCGCAAGCUCGGGGAGCGACGGCGAGGUUGAAUGCAACCUCGCUGUCACUCCCGGACCCGUUCUGGGGGCUGGGGUCGGGGGAAGCUCGGGCUUCCCCUGCCCCCAGCCCGGCAAGCUCGGGGGGAAAUAAUUUUUUUUUCUUUAUUCCCCCCCCCCCAAAAAUAAGUGCGCCCUAUGGGCCGGUGCGCCCUAUAGGGCGAAAAAUACGGUAAUCCACGUUGAAUUCAAAAGGACUUACUUCUGAGGAGACAUGGUUAGGAUUGUUCUGUUCUGAUUUCCUUCUGCUUGUGUACAUGUAUACAGUUAAGGAUUCAAAAAUAACUCUUUAAUAACAGUUUUCUCAGUAAUGCUUUAAUGCUAGCAGUGCUUUUAAAACUGUUCUUGUGAACCAUUUAUUUUAUUUUGGGCAGCAAGAAAAGUAUCAAUAUGAUCAGUUUUCUCCAAAACCUGUUUAGAGAUCUAGAGAAAAUAAGUCAAAACCAAAAAUGUCACUCUUCUUGUUUACGCUGUUGUAAUGCCUUUGGGCUUUCUACACAUGCUAUUUCCAGACCUUUACUGCUGUAAUCAUGACUCCAGUUGAAUUUUAAUUAUUUUUGACAUGCUAACUCAGGCUGUUAGUCCAUCUGUUAUAAUAGAUGUAGAAAAUAAAGAAGAAAGUAUGUAUUAAAGUGACCUCUUAUGUUUCUCAGACACAGCCCAAUGACACCUUAGGCCUGUUAACAUUAUGGGAUAGCUUCUUAACAGUGUGCUAGAAUGCAGUUUGUGUCGUUUUUCUCUUGCAUUCCUAAUAAAUAUUUAAUUUAUUGUUAUUUAAUUUGGUUUCUAACACAGCUGUUCUUAACACAGAUAUAAUUUUUAUUUAUAUAAGAAAGGGUAUGUUUGAAAUAACAUGCUUGGUUCCUAGAAAAUAUCUCAUCAUUGAAAAUACAUACUUUAUAGCUAUUUUUGGUAUAUUUGAUACUUUUGAUCCUGAAGUGCUUUCUGAAGUGUAUUUCGGGGGGGGGGGGACUGUAUACCUGCACUGUUCCAUUUUUUUUGCAUGAAUUAGCAUUUAUGAAAAGUUUGAGAAUUGGAUUUAAGUGUGCCUCUACGAGUUAUGUUUCCCACUCCCUCUCUUUGAAUUGCUACUGAUAACCUGAAAUGUUUGUUUACCAUUCUGCUCUAAAAGUUUUGCAUAUAAGGUUGUAAGCAUACCGAAAUAUCCUUCGGUGUUUUUUCAUGGCAUGUGAAACUUGCUAUAUAAUUUUAAAUGAAGGAGAAGAAUGAAUUUAAUCCUCUUUGGAGUAGCCUUGAAAAUCAGUUUUCUUUUCUUUCUUUUUUUUAAAAAAAGUUUGUGCAUCUCUUCCUCCCCUCCCCUAGUUUUAGUUACAAUAUUGCUAAGUAGACUAAUCAUUGCUAUGUUUUUGAUAUUCAGAUACAGAAAUACAACAGUUCAUCUGGUUAGAUCCAAAGGUGCCAAUCUGUGAGCUUGGCCUCUUCCACAAGCACAUGUGUGUUGUCUGAUUUAGGAGGAGUGCUAUUCUUCUUGCAUGAACUUUUGUCUUAGCUCUUGAAUAAUAUCUUCCAUUAGCCAUUGAACAAUAGUUCACAGAACAGUACCACUCCCAGAAUUCCUUAUGCUUGUGAAACACCUUGUGUUUCAAAUAGCAAGCUUGCAAGGCAUUUUGAUUUCACUAAAGUCAUUUGGGUAUUCACAAAGGAGUAAUUGCUGAUGGAAAAGCUUCUGUCAACAGAACCAGGAGGAAAGCAAUUUGGUGAUUCUAUCUGCCCACUGGAGCCCCCUUUCUGCAAAUAAUUUUUCUUGUAAAGUGGCAUAAAAAUUAUUAAAUAAAAAAAAGGUUCUCCAAAUAGCUGAACCGCCCCCCCCCCAUUCUGCUUCACCAUCAUAGUGUUGGAUACAUUUCAUCACCAUUAUUGCUAUUGAUUAUUUUCCUGAAAGCAGGUGGUUUAUUCAUAUAAUGCAUUUAUUUAAUAGUUUUUUCCUCUGAAUAUCCAUGUUAUGCAUUUACACCAGUGGUGGCCAAACCUAGCCCUCCAGCUGUUUUUGGACUACAACUCCCAUCAUCCCUAGCUAAUGGGACCAGUGGUCAGGGAUGAUGGGAAUUGUAGUCCCAAAACAGCUGGCGGGCCAAGUUUGGCCACCACUGAUUUACACAGUUGUUUUGUUAUUCUCUUGAAAUAACAGGUCUGCGUCACCUUACCAUGGCUUCACAAUUGUGAAUCGACUGAAUAUGCACAACUUGGUUGAGCCUGUAAACAAAGACUUGGAGUUUCAACUACACGAGCCCUUUCUUCUGUACAGAAAUGCUAACUGUGAGUAUAAACUUGGAAUAAUGUUGUUAUUUAGGAGACCCCACUUUUUGAACUGCCCUGGACCACUUCUGCUAUUAAAGUAAUAUACGUGUGAUGUGGCAGUAGCUAGUUAGACUCUAAACACCAGUUCAGUUUCUAGGGUGCCACUCUUCCAGCUGUGUUCCAUCCAUAAACAGUGUUAAUUCAGUGUGUUAUAUAGUCUUCUGUCUUUCUGUUUCAACACCUCUCUGGUCUUUAUGUGUCCUCGAACACUUGUCUCCAUAAUUCCAAUUGAUUGACUAGUUGCAAAUAAUGGUUCUUAACUGAUGUGUUGAGGUAGGGUAAUAUAAAAGGCUAGCAGAGAUGGGCAGAUGCUUGGUUAGGGGAGAGGCAGGGGGGGGUGAAGUAAAAUGUCUUGGGAAGCAGCAUGCAGUGGGGAGGCCAUGCUAGAUUUGAGCGUGCAUUGUAGCCCUUCUCCAAGUCACCACUGCUCAGAGCUAAUUAGGGCUGGCACCCCAGCCAGCUGGAGGCAAAUUGCGCCAAACCUGAUGGGCCUUAUUCAGCAUAGCAUGUAUUUGCUAUUUUCAGCAUUUCUGUCCUACCUUUCAUUAAAACUAUAUUCCAGAUAGGAAAUGGGCACAAGCAAAUUAUCCCCAAAGAUCAUAAUUUAAUUACUUUUGUUUGGCACAGCCCUAUUUCCUUUCAUUCAGGACUUUGCUAUGAGAUCAAACACAUGUCACAUAACCAUUUUCUUGCCGCUAGAGGUAAUGUUUGCAAGGACCUGAGAAAUUCAAAAAGCAAGAUAUUUUGAAUCAGUUUGGCAAGUCUGCUAAAUCACUGUCCUCUCUUUAGUAUCUUUAGUAUCUUUAGCUGAGGGAGCAAGGCAUGCAGAUCUCCAGCUAUUUGUUUUAGGAAAAAUUGUGUUUUUCCUGAUAACAGUAACAGCUGGAUUAUUCUUUAAAUAUUUUUAAAAAGCUAGAAUCACUUAUGCUAAUUAUUCAGUAUGUCACCAAUUUUAAUCUGUAUUGAGAAAGUCACUAAGUUAACUUCAGAAGUUCUAGAGAAGACCAUUAUGGAAUUCCCAUCUUUUAUUCAUAAUAUAUUAAAUAUGUUUGUAACAUCAGUGAUAUGCUGUAGUUACCAAACUGCAUAACGGGAAGCAAUAUAAAGCACUCAGUGACAAAAAGGAUAUGACUGCAAGUAAAAACAUUUCUAGUGUCCUACAGCAUUGGUAACUGUGCCUUUCUCCAUAAAGGGCUUAAAAUCUAAGCAUCAACCACUUAAUAAAUUCAUAGAUACAAAUGUGAUCAAAAAUUUCAGAACCUUGGGUUUUUAAAUCAACAAUUUUGAACUUACCUCUAAAGGUCUUAAAGAAGUAUGCUUCCAAAUCAGUUUCACUCACAAUUCUUCCUUUGUAUCUAAUGUCACUGUCUUGAUGUAGAUAACGAAAUUCCAUGCUAAUAUUAAAAGAUAGGUGGUGGUAUACAACUCUGAAUUCUCAAAUGAAGAUAUUGCCUGCACUUGUUCCUUUUCUUCUUUUUUGAGCUCUGUAUGUCCUUUUUCCAGUUGAAAUGCAGCAGCAGAGAUAUAAUUCCAGAAGGAUGUACUUGAAACUCUGUUACCUUGGUGGUAACAACAGAUUGCUCCCUAAAUAUACCUUUGUAGCCAGGCAGUCUUAUUUCGUUGCUGUAAAAAUAUCAAAGUGGGUCCAGAAAGUUGAAGACCAUCCACAUGUGGAUAUCAGCAGUGUUGUCAGAGUGACAUGUGUUUGAUCAGGGAAGAGGAAUGGAUCUUUAGUAACUGCUUUAACUCUGCCUUCUCAAGAAAGAUAAGGAGUGGGACUGCUGUUGCUAUUUCUGUAGAGAGAAAUGGUAAAAUUGCAUUUAGGGUGUUUAUAAUGGAGUUUAAGUUGAGGGCAGCCAAACAUGUAGAAUAGUGUGGCGCAAUGAGCUAAUGUGUUAAACAGCAGUCACUUUCUUGUUCUGUUGCAAAGCAGUUAUCUCUUUUCUGUCUUUGAUAGCUAGCUUUGUUCAGGACAAAUCCAUUAGUACUUGGCUUUGAUAUCCCCUUAGACAUAUGUUUUCUUUCACCGUGCUAAUAACUCCAGAUUAAAUCAAAGACUCUUCUCUCCUUCCUUCCUUUCUUCCUUCCUUCCUUCCUUCCUUCCUUCCUUCCUUUCUUUCUUUCUUUCUUUCUUGGCAUUACCUUUAACAGGGGUCAGCAAACAUUUUCAGCAGGAGGCCAGUCCACUGUCCCUCAAACCUUGUGGGGGGCCGGACUAUAUAUUUUGGGGGGCGGGGAUGAACAAAUUCUUAUGCCCCACAAAUAACCCAGAGAUGCAUUUUAAAUAAAAGGAUACAUUCUACUCAUGUAAAAACACACUGGUUCCCAGACCAUCCACGAGCUGGAUUUAGAAGGUGAUUGGGCCGGAUCCGGCCCCUGGGCCUUAGCUUGCCUACCCAUGCUUCAAAACCUUGAAUUGUUACACCCUGUCUUUUAUAAGUUAUACUACAGAUGGUAGUUGUUGCUACUUUGCAAUGAAUUCAGCUCAUAUUAUUGGUCUUACAAGUUUUCCCUUGAGUUAAAAAAUGUUUGUGAGAAGAUGUGACUUGUAUUUACAGUGGUACCUCGGUUUAUAAACUUAAUCCAAUGUGGAAGUCUGUUCUUAAACUGAAACCGUUCUUAAACCAAAGCUCACUUUCCCUAAUAAGGCCUCCCGCCGCCGGUGCCCUUCUACCAUUCGGAUUCUGUUCUUAGACUGAGAUAAAGUUCGCAAACUGGGACACUACUUCUGGUUUUGCGGAGUUCAUAAACCGAAUUGUUUGUAAACAGGACUGUUCUUAAAUCGAGGUACCACUGUAUUAUUAUGAUUUAUUAAAUUUCUAUACUGCCCUCCUCACAGGGCAGUUUCCAAUUGUACAUACCAUAAUAACAAACAAAAACAGUACUGUACCCACCCACCCCACAUACUUUAAAAUGCCAGAGAUUGUUGAAUUAGCCAAGGGCCUGGGAGAAGGAGAAUGUUUUUGCCUGGCACCUCAAGAUAUGUAACGGCAAGCCACCACAGAAAAGGCCCAUUUUCAUGUUCCCACCUUCUGGACCUCUCGUGGAGGAGCCACAUGAAGAAGGGCUUCGUAUGAGAUGGUGGUCCUGAGCCAUUUAAGGAUUUAUAGGUGAAAACCAUCACUUUGAAAUGGGCCUGGAAACUGAUUGGCAGCCAGUGCAGUUGGACCAGGAUCGGUGUAAUAUGCUCAAACUGUCUUGCCCAAGUGAGCAACCUGGCCAUUAAACUCUGCUGCAGCUGAACUUUCCAAACUGUCUUGAAAGACAGACUUACACGUAUAAUUGUGUUGUAGUAAUCUAACCUAGAGGUUACCAGAGCCUAGAUGACAUAAGUUGGGCAUAUCCAGAUAGGGGUGCAGUUGGGCCACCAGCCAAAGCUGAUAGAAGGCAUUCUGUCCCACUGAGGCCACCUGAACCUAAGUGACAGCAGUGGAUUCAGAAGUACUUUCUAACUGAGUAUUUUAUUUUAUUUUUUAUGUUUAGGACACAGCUAUGAACCAGUUUCCUUAAAAGAUAGUUUUGCAUUGCAAUAGUCACCUGCUUUCAAAGAUUUACCGUAUUUUUCGCUCCAUAGGGCGCACCGGACCAUAGGGUGCACCUAGUUUUUAGGGGGGGAAAUAAAGAAAAAAAAAUAUUCCCCCCCCCCAGCCCCAAAGAGCAAAGAAGCCAAGACAGUGAGCGGGAUCCAUCCCGCUGGCUGUCUUGGCUUCCUCUUUAGCCAUGCGCAACCUCUCCAGCCGGGAGAGGCUGCACGCGGCUUUGGCAGAAGCCAAGACAGCCGCACUCCCCAGGCUGCAGGCUGCUAUCCGCAAGCCUUCGGAGUGCGGGGGAGUUGGCGCUGCGCGGGGAGCUUCAGGCUGCAGGCUGCUAUCCGCAAGCCUUCGGAGCCCGGCGGGAACUCUCGCCGCACUCAGAAGGCUUGCGGAUAGCUGCCUGAAGCCUGGAGAGCGAGAGGGGUUGGUGUGCACCAACCCCUCUCACUCUCCAGGCUUCAGCGAAAGCCUGCAUUCGCUCCAUAGGACGCACACACAUUUCCCCUUCAUUUUUGGAGGGGGAAAAAGUGCGUCCUAUAGAGUGAAAAAUAUGGUAAUAUUUCACAAUGCUUAAUGGAAUCACAUCUCCCCAUUUUUAUUUAAGAAUUUGUCCCUUACUGAAUCCCAAUUUUUGUUAACUAUGGUUUAGUGUUUUGUGUGAAUAGAGCCAGAAUCUCUUAACACUGAGACCUGGCCACAAGUUUCCUGUUCCAUGGAAUUAUGGGCCUGCUAGCUUGAUCCAGUUCCCUAAAGCUGUUCAAAUAUAUAUUAUAUCUUUUUUAGAGUCCACAGUUAUUUCAAAUCAGAUUACUAAACUGGGCAUCACUCAUCCUGCGUCUUCAUUUUGUCUCUACCCCAGUAGCAGAGCUACUCUUCUUCCUGUUCCCAUGCGAUGGUUUUCUUAACAGUGCCUUUUCCUUUGUUUAUUCUGCUUCAUAUCCUUUGCUUCCUUUACCCAUCCUCUCUUGGGACUCUGUUAUUUAGCCCGUUACUUACUUUGUCUCUUUUCCUCCGGCUGCCUUGCCUCCUGACCUUGAGUUUCCUUCUUGCUGGAUCCUUUUUACUACUUUGCAAGAAUAGAAUGAAGGUUUAUAGCCAGGAAGGUGACAAAGAAAGGACUCCGUAUAUGCAUGUCAGAUGAAAGGCUAGAAGGAAAAGGAAAGACUCAUGCAGUCUGACAAAUUUCUGGUUCCUUUAGUUUAGACCUUUUCUUUUUCACUCCCAGGGCAGAAAGUGAAAUAUACAUUUUUAAAUGUAUUUAACGCUUAUACAGAAUUCUCUUUUGAGUUAAUGUUGUUAACUUCAUUUUAAUGGUACAAGCAUACACAUACCUACUCAGAAGUAAGUCCCACUGAACUAAAUGGGACUGGUACAUCCAGUUAACUGUAUAAUGUUAAAUCCAAAGUCUAAUUUAAGCUGCUACUGACUUCUAAGUGAAUGGUUCAUAAUUAUCAUACACAUAUCACUGGGCUGAAUGUUAUGUUGAUUUGCACUGCACUUUGGGUUCUGCACUAGUCUUAAGUGCUCAUUUUAUCUGACCUGCCUGUAAUUUAACCUGUCAGAUCAGGAGCUUUUUACAUGUAACCUUUUUUUUUGGCCUAAGAUUAAAGCUUUUGCCUGGGAACAAGAUGUUUGUUUUCAAUAUGGUUGUACAUAUUAAAUUGUUCACUAGCAAGUGUAAUACCAUAACCUAACAUCUGUUUUAUUAUUUGCUGCUCCUGUUUCCAUGAAUAUUUGAAAUUACCCAGUAGAACUGCUCAUAUGUGCAUAAAUCAUUUUAAGUACAGAAUUUGUACUUAAUGCAUCCUGCUGUUUUUUAUUUGAAGAUAUUCUGUAAUCAAAAUGAUUUAAUAAUAAUAAUAAUAAUAAUAAUAAUAAUAAUAAAUUAACAGUCUUUUUUUAAAUACCUUCCUCAAGUGUCAAUUUACAGUAUCUGGUUCUAUGACAAGAAUGACUGUCACCGAAUAGCAAAACUCAUGGCAAAGUAAGUAUCUCAUUUUUUAAAGCAACUUUGUGUUAUUUCUAGUUUGCAUUUUAUAGCAUUUCCUAUAAAACCAUGUAUCUUUUCCAAUAUUUGUGCCGUCAGUAAAAAUUCAUGUUAACUUGGUUUGUAAUGUACUGCUUAAUUUUGUGCUUAGAAUAAAGGCCAUUUACUUUCCCUGUUUGCAUGCAAUGCUAAGCCAAACUAUGUCUUAGCACCCAGGCAAUGUGAUAUGAGCUCUCUUAUAGUGCAUGCAAAGUCAAAAUAUCUGGAGGAUAAUGCUAUAUCAGAUAGCCCUGGUACCUCCAGUAUCAGACACUACAUGCCUCUGAAUACUAGCUUAUUUGAUGGAUGGAUUAAUUUGUUUAAUUAACUUUCCCCUCCCCCAUUUCUUCCGAAAGAAGCCUAGAAUGGCAAACAGCAAGUGAAUAGAACAAUUUGAUACAGAUUCAGACUAGACAAAUCCUAUUGCUGGGGAUCACAGUCAAGAGAGCACUGUUGCCCCUGUGUCCUGCUUGUGGGCUUUCUGUGGACACCUGGUUAGCCACUGUGAAAACAGAAUACGGAACUUGAUAGGCCCUGGGCCAGGUCCAGCAGGACAAUUCUUUGGUCAAGAAUUUAUAAUAAACUGGUUCAUUUUUAUAAUUGUAAAGUAACAGAAUUAUUGAACGGGUGCGAUCCGUUUCUCAAAAUGAGUGAGGAGUUGCAGUGGAUCACUGUACAUAACACUCCUGAUUCUGCAACCCAAUGCUGGGUUCAAAUUCUGGUCAAACCAAUGGAUAAGAGUGGGGAUUAGAUUUGUGCUGGAGAGAGAGGGAUUUAUACCAAGUAGCACAGGAUCCCAUGGCUACCAGUUUUUUAACCGUGGUUACAAUGUUAGGAGCAUUACAUCUGCAUUGAUUCACUGAUACAGAAUCCAAAUACUCAGAUCUGAAUCAUGCAAAUUAAGAUCGUCUGUGCCAAUUAGCGAAGGUUUGCCUCUCUUCUUGUUGUGUAACUUGGUGGCUUUAUCGCAGCAUGUGCCCAGCAUGCCCUCUAUAUUACCUAUAGUAAUGUCAUGUCUUGGAGGACAAACCGCACUUAUUUGGCAUCAAAUAGCUGCAUCAGCAAAUACUUUAGAGCUCAGAGAACGGACCACUCUCAACCCUCUCCAGGGAAUUUAUUGGUAUUUAUGAUCUUCUGUUUCUGUGAGUUUUUCAUUCUAGACUGAGGAAACAUUAAUGUAAUGAUGGAGUAAGCUAUUGGGAGUUAACUUGCCCUAGCAUCCUUUCAUGAAGAGAAGAUAUGGCGUGAUUGACAUAUUCUGUGAUUGUUGUGAUAUCACCUUUUGGCUUUCCCAUCAGCUGCCUGUAAUAUAGCCUGAUGCUUUUGACAUGGCAUUUCCUGUUCUUAAUAAUCAAAUCUACUCUCACUGCAGGAGACUAGAUUAAAAAAAAAAAUCACUACUCCAUCUCAUUGAAGGUUACUGUGUGUUAAUUCAGGUGGCUUUGAUCUAACCUGUUUCAGGAAAGUGGACCAUUACGUUUUUAGCAGGCUACCAUGUAGGGACCAAGCACUGGCUAUUCUGAGCCAGAGCCUAGAUCUCCUGCCCCUUUCCCUCCCAUUUUAAAAGCUUUGUUGAAGGAAGCUUUGUUUAUAGGGUGACUGGAUGCCCUCUGAAGCAGAGUGGUGUUGAUACCCAGCCACCCAUCAUCUUAAGCCACAUCUGCAUUAUACAUUUUUAAAGCAUUAUCAUACCAGUUUAAAUAGCCAUGAGUUCCCUCAAGAAUCCUGAGGGCUGUAGUUAAGGGUGCAGAGAUUUGUUAGGAGACCUCUAUUUUCCAUUACUCAGCUACAAUUCCCAAAGUUCCCUGGAAAGAGGGAGUGAUUGCUACCCUGCCAUGGUUCCCAGGAUCCUUUAGGGGAAGCCAUGACUAUGUGGUAUGAUACUAUAUUAAAUAUAUAGUGCAGUUGUGGGCUCAACUGCUGAGAGGUAUCUAUGUUUAUAAAUUAGCAUCUCCAAAUAUUAUGCAUCAGGGGUGCCAUCUCAUCCUCGGGAUGGUGGGUGCCUGCCACUGCAACACGGGCGUGCGACGUCACACACACUACAUGCAGGCGUGUGUGUGUGACAUCACAUGUCCAUGUUGCGGCGGUGGUGGCUCCUCUUAUUCCUCCUCUCCGCAGCCAGCGGUGCACUGUUUUCUGUGGGGAGAGGCUCAGACUCGGAGGCAGAGAGACUCUGCCUCCACGUCCGAGCCCCACGCCCUGGAAAAGGCUGCCUCGCUCACUGGCUGCGAGGACGGAGAUGAACUGCUUCUCUCUCUCAGAGGCAGCACCGCUGCCGCCUGCUGGCUUUUCUCAUUGACUUUGAGGUGGCUCAGCCUCCACAAGUCGUUACUGUGGGUGCCCACGGCCCCCUGGAGAUGGCUCCUAUGUAAUGCAUAUUUGGGUCAUGGGCUUGUGCCCUGAUCCUUUAAAUUUCUAGCAAUGUUCCUGCUCUGGACCAGUGAGAGAGGUUAUGGUAAAAUAAUAGUCUCCUUUAAAACACACACACACACACACACACACACACAAAAUUGAUAUCCCAUCUUUCUAUGCAUAUGUACACUGAAAGUUACAUUUAAAACAAAAUAAAUGUGACAAUGUAAUCAACUGAAAUCUAAAGGGGUUAGUACAGUAUAUUGCAAAACAGAAGCAAAACAAACCUUUAAAAGGCUCUGACUAAAAAUGCAAGUUGAAAUAAAAUAGUCUGUAAGUGUGCACUUGAAAAUAGGCCAUGAAGGGAUCAGACAUAGCUCUCAGUGACUAGACUAUAUCAUUUGUAUUUCUUUCCCUCUAAUCUUGUUCUUUCUUAUACAGAAUUUUGCACACAAACACACCAUCCAGCUGAUGAGAAUCAGGCUAUUCCCAUAAUGCACUUAGAGCCUCCUGUGAUAAUUUGUGCCAAAAAAUGUCAUUAUAAACUGGGCUCUAUUGUUCGAAAAUAAAACAUUUUUGUAGUAGUGGCUAAUAAAGGACUUUAUAGAGGAAUCUCCUGGUGUUGUUUUUUGAUGGGCUGCUGCUGUAUUUCACACUGUAUAUAUUGUACAUGUCUACAAAAGUGGGAAAUGAUCACAUGAAAAGUGAACUGGGGAGUCUUGGUGACUGAGCACAUUUACAAGUAGCCCAAAUUCAAAAUUCCUUCAAAUGCGCGAAAGCUUUUUGUUUGUAUAAGUGAUCUGCUUUUUUUAAGAAAGUACAUUUACUCCUCCUACUACCUUGAGAAUGGCCUAACUUAGUCAUAAUCAGUGGAAUCACAGGUGUUGGUUUACAGUAUUACUUGCUCCCAUUUACAUGGCUUUACUGUUAGGUUUUCUAAAUGCUGUACAUAACCACUGUACAAAACCCUGCCAGUUUUGGGAAGUAGAAACCAGCAAUGAAUUGAAAUUAUAAAAUUCAGGUUUAGAACGUAUAGCUCUGUUGGGGUUAAGAUGUGCACAGAAUUCAUGAAGCAUGUAUUCAGUUCAAAAUAUGAAACAAACUGCUUCUAUAGUGAAUGGUGUGUUUUGCUGUACAUUUUUAAUAAAAUCUAAUCAUAUGCUGUUUUCCCCCUCCUCUAUCAUAGAGUAGUGCAAGAAGAAGCUCAGAGAUCCCAGCUGCUGUUCCAGGACAGAAGAAGUGUCAGCAGGAUUAAUGGAUGCACUGAUAUCCUAGAGAUGCUUAGCAAAGCUAAGGUUGAAUAUGAACAGGUAAGGAAAGUAUCUGUAUUAGAAAUCAGAGGUCAGACUUGCAUUACAUAUUUUAGUGGGAGCCAAAAUAAACUUGGUCUACUUUUGCUGUUGGAUGGUUAUCCCUCAAGGAUUUCCAUUCAUUCUCUUUUCUUUUUCUAAUAGUAAGCACUGGCAAAAUGGGGCUGUCCUGCCUUGUUUUUCUGAGAAUAACUGGAUUUCCAUUAAUGUAAUUUUUGUGUGUCACUCUACAUAAUUAGGCUUUUGAAAUUUAAUUUCAAUCUCAAAUGGCUGCCUUUCUGGAAGCUGAGAUAAAUGUCAAUGGAGGUGUUGCAUACUAUUACUCAAGGUUCAUGUUCCUUCUGUGCAAACUUGAUUAUAUUACCAACAGUCCUGGAAAAGUGGGCAACAACAAAGUUGCCUGUAUUUUAGUAUCCCCCUAGCACAACUUCACACUCUAGAAACUUUCCUUACAGUCUUCAGUACUAUAAUACAGUCUGUUUUCUUUCUCCUUACCCAAACUUGCUGAAGGAGAAAGAGUGAGCAGUGAAUCAUCAUAGGCAGUGCAUGGCAAUAUUACAAUGCCUCAGGGCAUGUUGAAUCAUGAAGCAAAUGGCUAAGGGCUUUCAUCUAUCCUGGAAUACCAAUUUUAGACACAUUGGUGUUUAUCCAAGCUAGAAUAAGUUGCUGUACCUUUUAAAAACGAAAACAGUAGCCUGUCAUGGUUUAUAAAAUAAUGGUGACAUAAUCUGUCUUGGCUCUGACAGUAUUGACUGAAAACCAUAAGGAGAAACAAUGAGAGAGAGAGAUUUCCCCUCAAGCUUCUGUUUUAUUUGGGAGAAGGGGCAUAGUUAUGUGAGUUAAACAUGCAAAUAUGGUUUUGCCUUAGUAUUUUACAUCUGAUCAGUUUAAAUUUCUUCGUUCUAAGUUUAAUGCCUUCCCAACCUUCACCUUCGGUAGUAAUCUAUCUAUAUACAGUGGUGCCUCGCAAGACGAAAUUAAUUCAUUCCGCGAGUUUUUUCGUCUAGCGAAUUUUUCGUCUUGCGAAGCACGAAAUCCCAUAGGAAUGCAUUGAAAUUCAAUUAAUGCGUUCCUAUGGUCAAAAAAAGUCCAAUCAAAGCCAAAUUCGGUACAACAAGAGUUUAUUAACUGCUCUUUAAAGUCACACAUACUUUAAAGAGCAUAUCAAAAAUUGAAGGAACAAUAAAUUAAGUUUCUAAACAUGACAGGAAAACAUUUAAAAAUCAAAAAGGGUACAUUACAUUUUCUAAGACUCUGGGGGACCACUCGAAGAAGGUUCCUCUUCCACUCUUUGCUUCUUGCUGAGGAACCUGUCCAUGGUCUGCUGCUUCAUCCGCCGUUUCAGCAGCUCCCUGAGAGGCGACAUGACCGUCGUAUCAAAAAUGUUCGCUUGGUCAUGUGCCACGUGCUUGUCAGGGUGGUGCCGCUCUGCAAAGCCUGCACCUCAUUCCACUUCUGGCAAAUGUCCCUCAGUUCUUUGGAGGACAGCCGUUCCUCAGUUGCUUCCUCCUCUUCCAGCGAGGCCUGCUCCUGCGCAACCUCUGACUGCAGUUCAACCAGCUCCUGGGUGGUCAGCUCGUGGUCGUGCUCCUCCACCAGCUCGCAAACGUCCUCCUCUGUGACCUCCAGGCCCAAGGUCCUCCCUAAGGCAACAAUGUCCUGCACCACUGUCGACUCUGGUGCAUCAGAGUCACUUGGUGCCACACAGUCCGGCCACAGGCUGCGCCAAGCGCAAUUCAAAUUCCUCUGGCUGAUCCCCUUCCAGGCCGUGGUGAUCAUCUUCAAGCAGGUGACGAUGUCGAAGUGGUCCUUCCAGAAUUCCCGCAGGGUGAUGGUGGUGCAAUCAGUCACCUCGAAGCAUCGCCUGAAAAGCUCCUUGGUGUAGAGUUUCUUGAAAUUGGCGAUGACCUGCUGAUCCAUCGGCUGGAGCAGUGGCGUGGUGUUAGGCGGCAGGAACAUGAUGUUGAUGAAGCUGAACUCCUCCAACAAGUCCACCUCAAGGCCUUUAGGAUGAGCAGGAGCAUUGUCCAUCAGAAGCAAAGCCUUCAGCGGCAGGUCAUUGUCCAGCAGGUACUGUUUGACAGCAGGGCCAAAGGCAAGAUUGACCCAGUCCACAAACAGCACACGUGUGACCCAAGCCUUGCUGUUGGAUCGCCACAUGACACUCAGCCGCUCCUUGUCGACCUUGUGUUUCUUGAAGGCCCGUGGGUUCUCCGAGUGGUACACCAGCAGGGGCUUGAUCUUCAGGUCGCCGCUGCGUUGGCACAGAAGAGCAGGGUCAGACGGUCCUUCAUGGGCUUGUGGCCAGGCAACUUGGCCUCCUCCUGUGUGAUGAAAGUCCUUUUGGGCAUCCUCUUCCAAAACAGCCCGGUCUCGUCGCAGUUGAAGACCUGCUGUGGAACGUAGCCCUCCGUCUUCACAACCUCCAGGAACUCCAAGGCAAAGUCUUCAGCCGCAGGAACAUCAGAACUGGCAGCCUCUCCAUGCCUGACCACGCUGUGGAUUCCGGAUCUUGCCUUGAACCGGUCAAACCAGCCUCUGCUUGCCUUGAAGACUUCUGGCUCGGCCGAGGUUCCUGGCUGUUCCCGGAUGAGGUCUGCGUGCAAGGCCUUGGCCUUCUCACAAAUCACGGCCUCAGUCACUGUGUCCCCUGCACGCUGCUUCUCUUCUAUCCAGAUGAGGAGCAACUUCUCGACCUCCUCCAGAACAGCUGGGCGGUUCUUCACGAUCCUGGUGACUCCCUUGGCUGCAUCAGUCGCAAGGAUCUUCUCCCUCAUCUUCAGGAUGGUCCCGAUGGUCGAUGGGUUCCUGCCGUACUCCCUGGCGAGGUCCGUCACACGCAUUCCACCGUCGUGCUUCCGGAUGAUCUCCUUCUUCAUCUCCAGCGUCACCUUCUCCUUCUUCCUCUCGCCGGCCUCCGCAGCAGCAGCAGUCUUCUUGGUCCCAUGGCAGCACAGCUGUUACCUUUGUAAAACUCAGAAAAGAAAAAAAAUCAGCAAUUCAAACCCACAACCAAGUCCUUGAAUUCCAAACACCCAACCCAAAAUCCAAAAACCCAAAAAAAGUUUUAAAAGUUUAACUUACGAAAUGGCUGCAAAUCACCAAAGUCUUCAAAAUCCUCAAAUGGCUGCAAAAGAAAUUUUGGGAAAGCUUUAAAAAUCACCAAAGUCUUCAAAAACCUCAACUGUUCCCCCAGCCCCUCCCCAACUGUUGCAAACCCCACCCCCACAGUUGCAAACCCCACCACAACUGUUCCCCCAGCCACCCAGCACACAGAAAAUCAAAACCCAGAAAAAUUUGAAAAAAACAACUUGGCCCAAUGGUUACAGAAAACCAUAAAAAUUCAAAAAAAACCACACAAGCUCCCAGAUUCCUGCAAACCCCUCCUCAACUGUUCCCCCAGCCACCCAGCACACAGAAAUUUAAAACCCAGAAACUUUUUUCAAAAAAAAACAACAUGGCCCAAUGGUCACAAAAAAUCAUAAAAAUUCAAAAAAAAAGCACACAAGCUCCCAGAUUCUUGCAAACACCUCCCCAGCUGUUCCCCAUCCACCCAGCACACAGAAAUUUAAAACCCAGAAAACUUUUUCAAAAAAAACAACAUGGCCCAAUGGUCACAAAAAUCAUAAAAAUUCAAAAAAGCACACAAGCUCCCAGAUUCUUGCAAACACCUCCCCAGCUGUUCCCCAUCCACCCAGCACACAGAAAUUUAAAACCCAGAAAAUUUUUUCAAAAAAAACAACAUGGCCCAAUGGUCACAAAAAUCAUAAAAAUUCAAAAAAGCACACAAGCUCCCAGAUUCUUGCAAACACCUCCCCAGCUGUUCCCCAUCCACCCAGCACACAGAAAUUUAAAACCCAGAAACUUUUUUCAAAAAAAACAACAUGGCCCAAUGGUCACAAAAAUCAUAAAAAUUCAAAAAAAACACACAAGCUCCCAGAUUCUUGCAAACACCUCCCCAGCUGUUCCCCAUCCACCCAGCACACAGAAAUUCAAAAAUUCAAAGCCAGAUUUUUUUAAAAAAAAAUAAAUAACAUGGCCCAAUGGUCACAAAAAAUCAUAAAAAUUCAAAAAAAAGCACACAAGCUCCCAGAUUCUUGCAAACCUCUCCCCAACACCAAGUCCUUGAAUUCUAAACACCCCAACCCAAAAUCCCAAAAACCCCAAAAAAGUUUUAAAAGUUCAACUUACCAAACAGCUGUAGAAGAAGUUUUGGAAAAGCUUCAAAAAUCCAGCAAACUCUUUAAAAAGCUCAGAAAGGCCACCACACCGCGUGCAAUGUGUUGCUCCUCGAGGUCAAGUCGCAACUGCACCUCUUCCAGCAAUGCACCCUGGGUUUUAACGGUUUUACGAAAAGGAAACAAACUUGCAAGACGUUUUUGUCUUGCGAAGCAAGCCCAUAGGGACAUUCGUCUUGCGAAGCAACUCGAAAACGAAAAAACCUUUCGUCUUGCGAGUUUUUCGUCUUGCGAGGCGUUCGUCUUGCGGGGCACCACUGUAAUGUAGAGUUGUCUAGCUCACCCUGUGCCUUCUUAAUUGCAUUGCACCCACACAUCCAUUACUGCCUAGGUUCUAUUAACUAUGGCAGUCUCCCCACCAUCCCUCCAACUCGCCUGUGGUGGGGUGUCCAGUCCUUCAGAACGUGUGCACCGUGUACGUCUCAUCUACUUCCAGCCCCCACCCAUCUUGUUCCCUCCCUACUCAAGGAGAGAUGUUAAAUGAAUCAGGUAGGACUAGAGGUAAUAAGAGACGAGAGAAUUAGCAGGUACUCAUUGAUUUUGAUUUUUUUAAGGUGGUGGAGUAGAAUAAAUUAAGAAAAGGAGCAGUUUCAAUGAGUUGGGUCCAGGGUAUCUCCUUCCAUUUUUUGAAAGAGGCUUGGAUCCACCAGGAGUUCCCAUUCAUGGAUGAGAAGAUGACUUAUGGCAAUUUUCCCAUGAAGCCUUAUUCACCACCUGCCACACUUUUCUGAAGGGUCCCCUAGUGCUAGAGUACACCUUUCAGGGAGUGACGGGAGGAAGGAGAGGUCAUUGAAAAUACUCCCCCCUCCCCCUCUUCAUGUGUGGAAUGUUUUGUGGCCACAACGCUGUUCAUGGGAUUUCUCAACACAAUUCAACAACGUUGAGACAUUAACAUUAUUAUUACUGUAGCUACAUAAUGGAAUAAAGAAAACCUUCACCUAAUUUUCUGCUUUCCAUGCUGUUAAAGACAAAGGAGAAGCCCAGAAAUAAUUUGGCAAUCUUAAUCAUGUGAACCAUUCUGGAAAAUAUGUCUACUUGUCUGUCUUGUAAACAUCAUUGUAAGCUAACUUUCUGUCUAAAUCUGCAUGCCCUCUUUUCUCUUGGGGUCUAAUAUGAAUAGCUUGGACAGCCUGAAUUGAAUCACUUGAUUAAAUGUAUACACCAUUCUGUACACUCAGGGCAGGUUGAAUUCAUUAUAAUGCUGCCUCUUCCAUCUGUGGGAGGCAGGGACUCUGACUCCACAUUCUUGCACAUACUUUGCAUAACUCCUCCAGCUAUUGAAAUGUGCCCUAAACCACAGCUAUCCAAUUUGGUUUUCAGAGGUGAUGCUUCUAAAUAUGCAGAUCUGUAAAGUACCUGUUUAAUGAAAGAAAUGAGAGAGAAGCUUUAGAAAUAAACUCCUGGUAUAAAUUGAAUUAGUGUUUUAUGCUGUUUAGUUGUGGGUUCUUUCUGUUGCUGUGUCAUGUGUCUUACACAUUAUUGCUCCUAAUUCUUUUAAUUGCAUGCUUUUUCAAGCAUGUGUAUGUUUUUAUGUCAUUCCUCUUACUAAUUCCUUGCCAAUUAUCUUGAGUCUAUAAUAAUUAUAGAUGAAUUUGCGUUUUAUAGAAAAAUCUGCCUAGUACAGUCCAGAUGGAUCAUAAAAUAAUCCUGCUAUGCAGCCCACAUGUGGUGGGCAGAGAGUCGGCAUGAGAAUGGGUAGCCAGGAGUGAGAAAAGAGCUUUGUAACUGCCUGAGUGAUUUAAUAUAGGAUUCUAAACCAGCUUAAUCUUUCAUGUACUCUCUGCAUCCAGUCCGUAUGUGAAAAUGAAUGAGUUUGGUUAGUGGGUGGAUUCUUUUUUUAAAUAGCUAACUUUUCCCCUCCCUCUUCAGAAAGAUUAUAACACUUUUUGUAACCUGGCAUUAAACAAGCAAUGAUAUUUUGGGAUCGCGUUUAUAAACAAUGAAAAUGGGCUUAAAUUCCUUACCAAAAUGUUAACCACACUAAAAGUGCAGGAAAUUGGGGGGGGGGGGGGAGAGACAGGGACACAGCAGAGAGGGUAUUGUCAAUCUAUGUUGUGAAUUUUAAAUCUGUAAGGUAAAGUAAAUCUUUACAUAUUUAUCGAAAGUUGUAGUGAUGUGGCAGGUUUCCAUUGCUGGCCAUGUUUGCAGCUUGCAGCUUGCUACAGUCAGCUUAACUUCCUUGUGUUGAUGGUCAGCUCAUAAAGCUUGAAGCUUGUACUUGGGGAAAAACUUUGCGUAAGGUAAUAUAUCGACUGAAUUUUUUCUCCAACAGCAGCAAAGACUGUCAACUUCAGCUCUGUUGACUGCAUCAUAAAUGGCACACUCAAAAGAUUUAAACUGGCAGGUCUCUUGAACCAUGAAGCUGAAUCAUCACUUUAUUUUAGUGCUGUUAGUACAUUUGCCUAAUGCCUGGAAACAUGCUGGACUCAUGACUGUUCUAGCUAAUUUUAUAAUUGUUCUGUGUACACCUUGGUGUGUAUUUUCACAAGUGUAAGCACAUCUACCCUUUUAGAGGACGUGCACCCAGUUGUAUAGCUGUGAGAGAUGUUUAAAAACUCUGUUGUGUAGACAUUCUGUAUCUUCUCCAUUCAUUUGGGUAACCCAAAUGGCCUGAGUCAUGCAUUCUUGUCUAGCUGACAACAGCUGGGAGAACUGUUUGGGUUGAAGCUGGGUGAUGCUGGCCAUAAUGUUUAAUCAGCUUCUGAUCAAGUUGUGCCUUUAGCAUGACACUGGCAGAACUAUCAUAGGAUUGUGCAAUGUGAUCACCACAAUAUUGAAUAGAUAGUAUGUUGUGAAAAGCGUAAAGUUCAGAGAGAAGAAGAGCAGGUGAGGCAGAGAUCUUCCUGGGAGGUUUAUAGAGGGGUGCGAAAAAUAAACACGUCUGAGUGGGAAUUAAAAACAAUAAUGCAUUUUAUUUUCUAGAAUCAGAAGAGUGACCUCAUUUGUUGGACACAACCAAGUGCAAACCCCACAAAGACGGAAAAUACAGAGAUUUCAGAGCAUGGAUCAUCAAUGUUACAAAUGCAAGACCAUGUAUGUUCAUUUUAAAGCACUGUGACACUACUGCACUGUUUUGUUACCUUUAUAAUAAGUGGAUCAUGGGGUUGUAUCAAGUCCUUUUUUUCUGGGGGGACACAGGGGGGGUGCAUACCCCUAAACAUUUUAUGAAUUCCAACCACCUUGGCCAGCUUUUGGCCCUCACUGGACAUUGUAAGGCUUAUCAGUCAACUAAACAGGAGCUUUGGCUAAGAAGUGAGACAUAUAGCCAAGAAAGAUACUGUAUACUAAUACAGAAAAUUGGUUGCAAGAAAUAAGAUGAGCAGCUCUUGUAGGUCUUGUGCCUGCUAAUAGUGCCAUCUAAUGGAGGAAAAGGAGUGGUGCACAAUUUAAUCUUGGAGAGUCUCCUUCUAGAAAUGGGGUUUUAGGGCCAUUUUGUCUUACUGAAGCCACUGAGGGUUUUUGACAGAUCUACAAGGAGAAUGUUGGAUGUUGGAAGUUUCAAUUUUUAAAUUGAUGCAGUUGAUCAGAAGUAGUCUUAUCUGCCUUUUUGGCUCUUAAUGGGGUUUGGGGUGCAUAGUCCCAAUUAUUAGUAUGGAAUUGAAGAUUAAAGUGAACCAGUGCUGUAAGAUUCUAAAAUGUUACACUUCUAGAUCACAGGAGUUUUCCCAUCCUUUUUAUUUCUCUUUCUCAGCCACCUUUUCCCCUUUUAUUAUUCUCUUCUUUCCCUCCCUCCCUUCCUUUUUGGUGUCUUCUACUCUGGGCCACUAUUGGGAUUAUACACACAUGGAAGGUAAUGGCUGGCUGGUGAAGGAGCCUGUGUGAGAUGCAGGGAAGGGAAGAAAGGGAAUCUCUCAGGUGAUAACUGGAAGGGUCAACCCCAUUCUCUGUGAGACAAGGGUUAAGAUCUAUUUGAGAGACGACUUUGCUAUUUCUUUUUCUUUUCAUUUAGAUGUGUUCGUCUUUUAUUAUAUUGUAUUAUGAAACGGCUUCCAACAAAAUUAUAAUAUAAAUGAGUUUUGCAGUUCUGAAAGUGGCAGGGAGCUAAUUUUCUGACCAUGAAGAUUUCCUUCUGUGCACAGGGAGCAAAUAAAUCCUUGCAGUAAUAACACACAACCCCAUUACUCCUCCAUGCUGGAGCCCUGCCUUGUGUACAGUAACACACCAUGCCAGGCAAAGUAACCCACUACCCUUUUGUUGGCCUUCUAGCAGCUCAUUCCUUCCUAUGCCCAUAUGCAGAUCUUACUUCUACUUUAAACUCCUUUUUUGUACUUAUCUACUAUAGUUUGCAAUCUUUACAAAUAUGAACUACUUAUUUGUGAGGCGAAACUGAUUAUUCCUUGAACUAUCAUUUGGACUGCCAUGAGAUAGGAUGGCGAUAUCUGUGUAGAAUGGGUGAAGGAGUAUGAAAAUAAAUAGCUUCUUGGGGCAAGUCUGCUUAUGGCUCCAUCAUUUUUUUAAGUCACCUGAUAAAUCUUCUCUCCUUAAAGGUAUUUGCAGAUUAAAAUGCUUUGCAGUUUUAAGGACAAUGAAAAGCAGUAGGAAAACAAACUCUUACAAUUGGGAUUCCAAGAAUUGGUUGUUAGCAUACAUUGUUUCAUCGUGAUAUACAAGCAUAUUGUGCCACAUAAGUAUAAAAACAUUGUUGAUAAAACCUAUGGCCCAUAAUGAGUUUUUUGCAUGGCCCUACAACUUUUAGCAAGCUGUUCUCUUUUAAAUUCUACACACUACCACUAAUUUACUGGAGACUUGUCUUUGUAUACAUUUUAAGCUGAUCUUCUGGUCGUUCUUUUUUUCUCUAUUUCUAGCUGUGCUCAUCCAUACCAAAACACCUAACAGUGGAAGAGUUAUUUGGAACUUCAUUUCCAAAGGAACACAGUACAGUUCCCUACUCUAAUCCAGAGAGAACCAAGAAGCCCGAUUCCUCAUGCAGAGAGCACAAUUUGCUCCUUCCUUUUUCAUUUGAGCAGUCGACAGUGAUCCAUCAGCCUCUGGGGAAACUGGAUGGCUCAAGCUUCAAAAGUAAUUCUUGUACCUUAUUGCCACAGGAGUGUAUGCCGCCUUUACUGAUUGCCUCACCUUCUGCCCCACAACCUGAAGUGAAUAAAGCUCCAAACUAUGCUGUACAGCUAAGCCCUAACCUUAAUUCCACUCUGGCCACAGAAGCUCCCUGUGUGCAAAUGCUUCAGAGCGGCAGCACAAACAAUAACAUGCUGCAAGUUAUGCAGCAGGCUGCCAAGCAAAUGUCUCCGCUUGUGAAUCAGCAGCCAUCUGAUAUGAACCACGGUCCGCAGAACAUCACUCCCAGUCAGAACCAAUUCUUAACAUCUUUGGCUGCAACCAGUACAGAAAGCGCUUCGAACAUGCCGCUUGCAAAUACGGAUCUCCUUCAAAAACUCAGGUUGACCCCACAACAUGAUGUUAUGCAGCAGUCGGCAAAUAAAGCGCCAGUAGCGUCUAACUCCUCUUCUGCCGCUAGCCAGCUGGCGACCCCAGAUCGUUUCAAAGAAUCCCACACCAAACAAGCCCUGACUGGUAAAGCAAUUCCACCUGUUCAGGUCAGUUCUCUUAGUGUAUAAUAAAAUGGUUAGAGUGUUAUCACACUGCUGUUCACAAUAGAGAAGCAGGCGGGCAGCCCAGGUAUGGAGGCAAGUGGGUGGAGCAAGCAGGCGGAGUGCAGCCCAGGUGAGCUGCAGAAGACCAGCUUCCCAUCAGCUGUCCUGCUCUGCUGCCACUGCACGCCUCUCAUGGCUUUUGCUAUUCCAGCCUCAUCGGCAUGGAAGGCCACGGAGGGAAGUGGCAGCAGAGCAGGACAAUUGCUGGGGAGCUGCCCCAGCUUCUCCUGCCUGUUCCUCUGUGGCUUGCCUGGGCUGCUGCCUAGGCGAGCUGUGGUGCAUGGCUUGAGCGAGCAAAAUGAGCAGGGGUUGCGGCUCCUAGUAAAUUAAUUAAGGUGCAUGGCUUGGGCGAGCAAAAUGAGCAGGGGUUGCGGCUCCUAGUAAAUUAAUAUAUGUAGAUUUCUUCAGCAAUAAGGUUGAUUGUAAAAACAUUGGUAGGUUAGUGCUGUUAGCAGCGGUUCUCAUGUUAUUACACUAUGUUAUUUGAGUCUGAAAGUGCCAACACAAUUUAUUUCUUGCUAGCGGGUGAAUUGGACGUUUGUAUUGGAUACUAGUCUUGUAAAGGGUGCUUUAUAACGCUGUUCUGGCUAGCCAGUUACCGUAUUUUUCGCUCCAUAGGGCGCACCUAGUUUUUAGAGGGGGAAAUCAAGAAAAAAAUCUUAUUUCCCCCCCAGCCCCAAAGAGCAGCGUACAGGCUGUGCGCAACCUCUCCCUGCUGGAGGGGUUGCGCGUGGCUAUGUCACAAGCCAAGACAGCAAGCAGGAUGGAUCCCGCUCGCUGUCUUGGCUUCCUCUUUAGCUGCGCGCAACCUCUCCUGGCUUCAGCGAAAGGAACCUGAAGCCUCCAGAACACAGCGUGAACUCGCGUUGCGCUCCGAAGGCUUCAGGCGGCUAUCCCUGAAGCCUGGAGAGCGAGAGGGGUCGGUGCACACCGACGCCUCUCGCUCUCCAGGCUUCGGUGAAAGCAACGCGAAGCCUCCGGAACGCGGAGGGAGCGCUCCCUCUGCGCUUUGGAGGCUUCGCGUUGCUAUCGCUGAAGCCAAGGAGCCUGCAUUUGCUCCAUAGGACGCACACACAUUUCCCCUUAAUUUUUGGAGGGGAAAAAGUGUGUCCUAUACGGUACUUAUUUUUUAGCAAUGUUGGGUUUUCAGUGUUUGUCUUUAAAAGUGAUGUAUUGAUCAGAACACUUUGGUCCAAUACAGAUGAAAUUGUGUAUCCGGCCAAAACAGUAUUUGUUGAUUAUGUCAGUAGAGACUAGAUGGUCAGAGAACUGUGCUUGAAUCUGGAAGACCAAGUCUCACCUUUCCAAACAACAUUGCGGUGAGGAGAAGUACAGUACGUAACCGACAAUUUUGGUUACGAACUCAUAUAAUAGGUUACCUUAGGUAUCUUAUUUAAGAAAUGAAGCAAUAGCAUGUGUAUGCAUUUUUUAAAGGGGGGAAUGUAAGAAGAAUGCUGGAAUGCUGGAUUGUUCAGAUACUACGUAUUUCUUUCUUUAAAAUUGUAGGUUGCACAGCAAAGCAAGGAGCUUGAAACAUUUUCACACCCCAAAGCUUUGUCAAAGGCAAGCCAAGUAUGUAUUUAAAUCCUUGCAUCGCCAGAGUGUCUUUCCCUGUCUGGAUUUGUGCAAAGGCCAAUUCUCAACAAAACCUGGUUCCAUCCAGGCUGACAACCCAAUGUGUCUUGAAUCCUGAUCCCUAUCCAUUAAUUAGGAUGACCUAGUUCUCCUUUAGGGGGCGCGGGUGGCGCUGUGAGUUAAACCACAGAGCCUAGGACUAGCCAAUCAGAAGGUCGUCGGUUUGAAUCCCCGUGACGGGGUGAGCUCCCAUUGCUCGGUCCCUGCUCCUGCCAACCUAGCAGUUUGUUUUUUGUUUUUGUUUUUUUAAUAACUUUUAUUAACUGGCCAAUCACAUCAAAUUAAAUCACAUCACAUAAAUUCCAAAUUACAAAGCCAAAUUUUUAAAUUUUGUUGGGGGAACCCAUACUUCAAGAUCCAAAGGGGGAUUCAAAUCAUCUUCUUAUUACUGCAUUAAUGUCCAAAUCAGUCCCAAUCAGUCCAAACAGAGUUCAUAGUUCUAUCCAAUCUUAUCUUGGUGUUUCCACAUCAUAUCUUGUUCAUAUAAUUUCUCUUUUUCCUUUACGAUCUCUUCUGUUAGUCUCCUUAAGCCGAUAAGCAAAUAUAAUAAUCCUGUGUGAAUUUCCCGUUCUUCCAAUCUAAGUCCAGAUGGUUUCCAUAUAUCAUCUCCUUCGUAGAUAACAUCGCUCUUUCCAUCAUAAAUUAGGCAGUUGUCACUCUUAAGUCCCACUGAGGAGUUAGUCCACGAUAUGUAAACAACUCAGUUUCUCUCUUUCUCCUCCCAGACACAAGAGCUCCAACAGUGCCUCCCAAAAUGGCGAUGGCAUUUUUAACUGCGUCAUUCCAAAACUCUUAACUUUCCAGCUUCGUCUUGGAACAUUGCUUUGGUUCGAAAAUUUAUCUCCACACAGCCUUAAAUCCACAACUUAAGUCCUUAAAACGACAUUUCUGACUCAUUAGGGGAGGGGAUUCUUGUUUAAUCACAUAGAGAAAUAAAGGAGGGUUUUUUCCCCCCUCCCCUCUCAGUCAUUUGCCGUACCGUAUCUUGACGUAUCUUCUCAUAUCUUAUUCUUGUCUUGUUUUAUCAGAGAUCUCUUCUGUCAGCAGUCUUUACUCCCCCUCUUUCCUUGAAGUAUGUGCAAUUUAUCUCGUCCAAAUUGUUUCUUUUGAAGAUUCUUGCAAACUAGUGGCGCGGAUCAGAGACGGCAUCGAGGAGUGCCGGAAUCCCACAGGAGGGCUUUGUGCCUAGUGCCCCCAUCCCCACAAAUUCGGGGUGGUAUAGGGCACAGCAGGCAAGGGCCGUCCCCCCCACAAUCCUGGAGGGGUUAAGGAGGCUAAUUACCCCCAUCAUAGCCUCCAAAUUACCUCAUGUGGGUCGGAGAGAUGUUGUUGUCAGCCAUCUUCCGAUGCGCCCCCUAGUGGCCCCCCCUGCCAACCUAGCAGUUUGAAAGCACCUCAAAGUGCAAGUAGAUAAAUAGGUACAGCUCUGGCGGGAAGGUAAAUGGCGUUUCCGUGCGCUGCUCUGGUUCGCCAGAAGUGGCUUAGUCAUGCUGGCCACAUGACCCGGAAGCUGUACGCCGGCUCCCUCGGCCGGUAAAGCAAGAUGAGCGCUGCAACCCCAGAGUGGGUCACGACUGGACCUAAUGGUCAGGGGUCCCUUUACCUUUUAGUUCUCCUUUGCUAGUAUACUCCUUCUGGAGACCUCCAGGUCUUGCAAGAAUUGAAAUAUGCCUAGCCAACAAUCCUUUCCCUUGAAGCUCAUAAAACAAUAAUGCAAUUGGCUGCUCUCUAUAAAAGUGCCCAAUUUUUCCAAAGCACAUCUUAGUAAUCUCUCAUUUCUUUAUAAUAUCAAGUUUAUAUGCUGGUACAAAGAGUCCAAGAAGGCAUCAACAAUUGUACUGCUAUCCAUAUUAUUGUAAAUUGCUACAGAGUUCUCUUUGAGCUACCACAUUAGUAUGCCAGAAUAAAAAUUUGGGUUUAUUAUUUCCUGAAAGGCGUUGUGAUCCAAGUUGGUCACAGUGGUUACUGUUAGCAUCCAUAGCUUUUGUGAGUCCCUUUCAACUUAAGCCGCUUCAUUUCUGCAUGCAAGUCCCUGCAGCUUGUAUAAUGUUGGAAGCGCCCAGGUCACAUAAGAGUCAGUGAAGCAGCCGCUUCUUUUGCCGGUGUGCCAUGGAGCUACAUCACUAGUUCCUGCUAUUUUAACUGGGACUUCAAACAGUACCAGAAAGGUAAUGUCGGAAGAGGCUUUAAUAUUUCUAGAUAGUUCUUUAAAAAAGGAGAAAAAAAAUCAUCCCCAUCUCAUUUGAUUUCUUGUUUUUGCAGGUUGCUUCCCCACAGUUUGCUGCAGCUACAACCACAAUGGCACCUUCAGUCCUCUUGUCACCUAGUGUGUUCCAACAGUCAGCUAUGAAGUCCUCCGACAUCGAAAACAAAGUUGGUUCCUCUUCUCCUCUCACUCUUGGAGCAGUGGAUGUUCCAACAUUACCUCCGACAGUUCUUACUAGAUCUCAGCUUCAAGAAACCUUAAUAUAUCUAAUAAAGGUACAGUCAGUGACUCAUUUGGACUCUUGAUUGAGAAUAAAGUGCCGAUUGUCAGUGGGUACCAUAAAGAAGGUUAGGAGGAAUAACACCGAUAGGUGUGUUGGAUCAUUUAGCAAUAAAAGCAGCAACUAGAAAACUGUUAUCAAUAUUUUAAGUGGUAAUGAUAUUGAUAACCUUAAAAACCUGAGAAUUGUUAAUUCAGUUAAAUAACACAAUUUUAUUAUUAAAUAUGCUAACGUAAGUGUCAUCUACCAAGGACAACUCUCCAAGUACACUUGUUUUGAGUCCUCCCUGUUUAGGGUCCAUUUCGCUGAACAUCCAUGGCAAACCCAGAAGUACCGGAACGGGUUACUUCCGGGUUUGCUGCUCGCGCACGCGCAGAAGCACUAAAUCACGCUUCUGCGCAUGUGCAGAGCAGCGCUUUGUUGAGGGUCUCUUUUGUUGAACGUCCAGGGCUCCGGAACGGAUGCCGGACGCAAAAGGAUCUAAGGAUUUUGAGGCAAGAGGUAUGCUCUUCAGGACUGAUUCAGAAAUAUUUGGAGUUCAUAUUUCUAAGCCAAAUGAUAACUGCUGAAGGGGAAAAGUGGAUAAUCAGCACCUCCCAAGUUGCAAAUUUUGUUUUAAAAGUCUGCUGUGGCCGUGGCACCUGAAAUCUGUUGGGUACGUAGAGGGUUCUGAUUUUUGAACUGUCAAAAUUGUUCACAAUCAGAGGAAGAAAUAAGUGCUGUCUGCAUUUUAAAGAACUGCUCAACCUUCCCUUAGUUCACUUCUUUUGAGUGAAUCUAAUCCGUAAGUUCAGAAGGAUGGGAAAAAUAAAGAUGGAAGAUGUUUGACUUUAUACAUGAAAACGUUUAGCAAAAUAGGUUACAAAGGUGUAGUUGGAGAUCACAAAUCAACCGCUUUACCACAGGAGUUUGUUCAUUAGAAGUUCCAAGUGGCUUGGCCAUCCUCAGUUUAUUCUGUUAUGAAAUAUUUGAGAAGUCAUUGACGCUCGUAUUUAGUCAGCAAAAGCACACUGGCUGACUUGAAAAAUUGGUUUUUUUAGUUAUAUAUUGGCUUCAGCUGCAAGGCUGCUUUGUAAGUGUGCCAGUAAAUCCAGUGAAUCACAAAGAGACAUCUUGCACCUAGGACAGGCUUACAUUAAGAGGAUUGUUUUGCCCUUUCUGUCAUCACCAGGGUCACAAACCUUUGUGCUACAUCAGGGCUCUCUAGUUCGUUCUAUACUGAUAUCAGUAAGUCUUGCAUACAGAGUACAGAUCUAAAAAUAACAGGACACAGAAAUUAGUGUUUUGGUAAUAGAAUUGUUAGGAAUAAAAUGGGCCUGUACUCGGGUCACAUAAUCAGCUUUGUGGCCUCUGUUUUGUUUCUUUGUAGUUUUUUUUCUGCACAACCUGCUGUUUCUUUUCCCCUGUCAGAACCGCAAGUGAAACAAAGAGACUUGCUGACUGAAGGGAGGGGAGAAGAGCCCCUUUGAACAGAGGUCAACUGUCAGCAAUUUUACUUUGUAAUUAAAAUCAUGCCGCACUUUCAGUGAUCUUGAGAAUGUGCUUUGUGUUGUCUUAAAGCUUCACAAAUGCUGUUUCUGGCCUUUAGUCUGCUCUCUGCUUUGUGUAUGUCCGACCUGGUUAACAGUUGUUGAUAAUAUUAUUACUGUAUUAAACUCCGCUUCCCUUCAGUGGAGGAGUAUUUAAAAAAUAGUGCUACAAUGUUCCAUAAGCUAUAUGUGGAUCCAAAAUGCAAAGCUCAUCUGAUUGUUACAUUUAUUAUAACUAGAGUUCUUUAAGUGAUGAAUGAAUAAAACAAUUUAAAACACCAGUCCAAAUAAAACACCAGUCAAAUGACAGCACAGAAUCCCUGUAAAACAAAACAGCUGGAGCAGGGGCUAAAAGUCAAGUAAUAAAACGGUAAUGAAGAGCCACUACACAUCCUCACUAAAACCACGUUCCAAGUUACCAUUAAAUGUAGAUAUAAAUGAAUUAAUAUAGCUGAUUCUUAAGAGAAUAAGAGAGGAUUUUUUUUACUAUGGAAAGAUACUAAAAUAGGUGAGAGGCGAGCCUUUCCUGGGAGGUGAUUCCUCUGUUGGGGCAUUACAAAAGAUUCUCACCCUUUUAAAUGGCACUUUAGGUUCGCAUUCUCAUUAGUAUAAGACCAUAAAAACCCAACGGUCACAUCUUUUAUGUUUGUCUAAUUUUCAUGAAUUUAUUGGCUUAGAAUUGCCCACCUAGUAUACAAAGGUAUAUUUUUUCAAUGAAGAACCAGAAAUACGAAUAACUGGCAGGAUGUUUGUUGUUGAUUAUGUUUAAUUUGAGAUGCAAAUUCACAUGAUGGUAACAUUGAAAGUGCCAGGCCAUGUGUAUAGGUAGAUUUGUAGAGGCCUGGCCAAUGAUGAUGAUGAUGCCAGCUCAGCUGGUCCAUGGAGGUCAGAUAGUGAAAAUGCCCUGCCUAACUCAACCCGGGCUAUACUCAAAAUACAGGAAGAGACUAAAUGGAAAAGUAUAGUGAUCCAAACCUCAAGGCAGGUAAAAUCCUACAUAUUCAGAUACUGACUUUUUAUUUCAUUGCUGUCUGCUUCUUAGUUAUCAUCCAAAACAAGUGAGCCCUCUUGUCUUUAAGCGUGUGCUUGCUGUACUAAUUCAGAUUCUUCUUGUACAGUUGCAUUCACUUAUGCAGGUUUCCCUCAUUAGCUUUCACUUUGAGACUUAACAUGGAUUUGUUAGUUCAUAAUACUCCCCUGUCACUAGUUUUCGUCACUUCUCUCUGUUUCUCUGUACUUCCGCAUUCACUUUACCUUUUCUUCUCUUAGUUACUUUGCAAGCACCCUUCUAAAAGGUUUCUAGUACAGUGGUACCUCGGGUUACAUACGCUUCAGGUUACAUACGCUUCAGGUUACACACUCCGCUAACUAACCCAGAAAUAGUGCUUCAGGUUAAGAACUUUGCUUCAGGAUAAGAACAGAAAUCAGGCUCCGGCGGCGCGGUGGCAGCGGGAGGCCCCAUUAGCUAAAGUGGUGCUUCACGUUAAGAACAGUUUCAGGUUAAGAACAGACCUCCAGAACAAAUUAAGUACUUAACCCGAGGUACCACAGUAGUGUACCCUUGUAAAUAAGAUUGAUCCGGCUUUAAUCUAGAAAGAAUUCAUUUUAAAAUCCAUACUGCUUCCUCAGGUUGAAAACAAUCUAAACAGCCCAGAUGAAUUUUGAUAGUGUUACCAAGUUACACUGGAAUUGCCUUGAGCACUGAAUUGGGCAGUUACAUUUAUCCCAUAAGGUCAGGACAGACUGCAAAUUAGUUGUUUUAUUAAAUUUGCACCCUUUCCUCAGUGUGUGUGUUUGUAUAGUUUUAAAAAGCACAGUAGCUUUGAAAGGGAAUACUUAAAAUUUAAAAGGCACCUUGCAUUAAAAGAGGCUCGCAACUUGAGUUGCUGAAAAAACACUUCAUUAAUUUGAUAGAAUAACAAUAUAAUAAGACUAUGGUUUGCAGAUUCCGCUCCCCUUCCUGAAGAACUGGAAGCAGAUUACUCACAUUCAUUAUCACUGAACACAGAGUCCCCUUGCCCACAUGCACUGGAUGUAGGAGGUGCAGUAGGAUGUAGGAGGCAGUUGAUGGCCAUCUGUCAUGGAUGCUUUAGUUGAGAUUCUUGCACGCAGUGGGUUGGACUAGAUGUUGCUUGGGCUCCGAACUCUAGGAUUCUAUGGUUCUGCUUAGUUUCAUUGUGGUGGUGGGCACAGGGAUGAGCCAUUUAAAGCAUAGAGUGCCAUCAAUCACAGCCACCUAACUAUUAGGUGCAGCCUGAGUCUCUCCCUUCACUGGGUCCCAGAGAGGAAGAGAGUUGUCCCUUCUCUUCCCAGUUCUUAUUUGGCCUUCUGUUAUCUCCGCCACAGUAUUUUGGCAGCAGAAACGUGGUAACUGCUUUUCUGUGCAGUAUAUGCUCAGUGAUAUUUCUGAGCUAUAUAUCAUUGAUAGUACAGUGGUACCUCGGGUUAAGUACUUAAUUCGUUCUGGAGGUCCGUUCUUAACCUGAAACUGUUCUUAACCUGAAACACCACUUUAGCUAAUGGGGCCUCCCGCUGCUGCCGCGUCGCUGGAGCACGAUUUCUGUUCUCAUCCUGAAGCAAAGUUCUUAACCCGAGGUACUAUUUCUGGGUUAGCAGAGUCUGUAACCUGAAACGUAUGUAACCUGAAGCAUAUGUAACGCGAGGUACCACUGUAUAGCUUUAUUAAACUUCCUCCUUCAUGCCUCCUACCCAACUCCUAAACUUACAGGUUUUGUUAAUAGGUGUAGAAUAAUGAAUUGGGUAGGAAAAAGUAAUGAAUUAUUUCUGUCAUUGGUUUAAUUAUGGUUUCCCCCUCUCUUUCCUUCAGAACGAUGCGAAUUUUCUUAGUACGCUUCAUGAAGUUUAUUUACAAGUCUUGACCAAGAAUACGGACAGCAUCAAACUAUAACUGAAGUAAAUACAGUUCAACUUACCACCUAAUUGUUUCAGAAACAAUUAUGCCUCUUCUGUGAAACUGUUAAUAUUUUUAAAGGUUGUUUUUAGUUGAAGUUUUAAGUUUUGUUAAAGUAAGGAGACCUUGUCCCUUAAAAUUGCAUAACUAAUGUUCUCAGAAGUGAUCUAGGUUUCACUGUGACCAAUCACCAGCAGGGUUUUAUUUCUGUAUGCGGAAAAUGGUCUUCAUGUUUAACAGCACAUUAUUUUUGAGUGGGUUUAGAGUAAUAUGAAAAACCGUUUUGAUUUUUCUUCAUCUGGUACAUACAUCUAAAUAAUUAGGGUGAAUGUGGCCUAAGCCAUCUUUGGCAGUUGAGUAAAGAUAACAAGUUGUGAAGCUAACUUCUGAUUUAAAGAGCCGUGGAAGGAAUGCGGACGAUCAUUUUAGGGUUUGGAGGAAACAGUGGAAAACACUGUAAAAAUGCUGGGGGUUUUUUAGCCUUAGAACUGGAUGGACUCAGCAUGGUAUUGACCAUCAAACUGACUCCCUUAAUAUGCAGCGCUGGCUUAUGCAUCCCUAAGUUUUACUAAGGCAAAAUGAAGGUGGAUUAUGAAAUACCCCUUUAACAAUACUUGCAGUGUUCUUAUAUUUUGUUAAUGAUACUAUUUUCAAGCAAAUAAUUUUUAAACAGAAAUGGAUGGAACAUCAUUGUGGUCCCCUUAUUGUCCUUUCCAGGCUUAAUGCAAAUUUUGGAGGUUUGCCUGUAGCAUAGAUGGGAAGGAACCCAGAGAAGUGUGUAUAAUUUUGUUUUUGGUGUUAAAAAAUGGGCACAUAAACAACAAAUGCAGUCUGCUCUUCUCCCCAUAUUUUCCCUCCAUUUGCAGGUUUUUGUGAGUUCUCAUAGAAGGUUAAGAUUUCAUUACCACUGUAAAGAUCAAACUUCUUCCCAAAGGAAGUUGCUCUGAUCUCCUUGUUGUUUUAUAUGCUGCUAUCGGUCUCUCCUUGACUUGUAUUUAUUUCAUUAUGGCAUGUGAUAGUAGCUAGCAAUACUCUAGUGUAACAUAAAUCUCAAUAUGUUCAAGCAAUACUAAUAUUAAAGGAUGGGGUGGUUUUUGUUUUUUAGUAGAAGGUCUUUGUUUUAUAUUGUGAAAGGUAAUUUUGUAAUCCUUUUAACACACACUGCUUAUUUGUCAAAGCAUUGCUGGAAUGGAGGAUCCAUGUGUUACAAUCAGUUUCCUGUGCAAGCCACUGAAAUGAGUAGGGCUUGAUAAAAAGCACAGCCAGGAUCUUAUAAAGGCCCCCUUCUUUUGGUAGAGUUUGCAAUGGAAAAGGUCCUGAAUUAGAAUGUACCUGUUGCUCUUAAAAUUUAAAUGUAACGAUGAUCCCUUCAAGGUGCAGAUACUAUCUGUAAUUCAUCUACCAAGCUUUAAUUAUGAUUCCACCACAAAUCAGUGUUUUGAUAUAUAGCGUGUUGGAUUUUAAAAAAAUCAAAAUAUGUACUUCAUUUUGAGUGAUUUUAAGUAGGUGUUUUUAUGUUUAGCAAAAUCUGCCUUUUGAGAGAACCUCUUCGGCCUUUGAACUCAGUGUUUCUAGUUGCAAACAUAGUAUUUUAUAUCAGAUAUAUGUGCAGAAUUCAGGGAAAUAUGUUAGUAGUGAUAUGCAUAUUCAACUAAUGUUUUGGCUUUAAUGGUAAAACUCAAAUGCUUUCUAGACCUUUUUUUUUUUAAGGAAACAUGAGAGCUCUACUUAAAUGCUGGACCUUUGAUAGCACACCCAUGUAUGUGCACCAAGAAAAACAUGCUUGCUUAUUUAAACAGAAUUAUUCUAUAUGAAGCUUUUUCCGGGGGGGGGGGAUCAAGCCACUGCAGUACUCUUCAGUUUAUUUUAAGUGGCUGUAUUAACCAUACCCCCUGAACCAGAUUUAUAUAAUGCUGUGUUAGUAGAUAAUAAAGACUCAAGAACAGUCCUUAAUUAUUGUAUAUGGAAAGAAGAAAACCUUCUUAGCCAUAAGCAUAAUAUUGGAGGAAUAACGAUAUUGAGCUGAACUUGGUCAUAAUGGUCAAAGUAAGCAUUGUAUCCAAAUAUCUGUGGAAAUGAAGCAGAAGGAGCCAGUGUGGUUCCCUCCAGAUGUUGAACUGCAACUCCCUGACCACUGACCAUACUGGGUAGGGCUGAGGGGGAUAGUAAACCAACAUCUGGGGAGCACGUUGGCUAUUGAAUGUACCAUUACGGUUUUGUGACUUCAAGGUGAGAGAGAGUUUUGCUUCAGACAGCAUCACUGUUUCAAAGAAUAUUUGUCCCAGUACACUUUGUCCUCCUGUUUACUGUUUUGCAUUAUAAUUCCCUAGAAACCUCAUCUGGUAGCUUGGCAGGUCAGAGUUCUCAACUGAUAGAAGUAUGUGCAGCAUCAAUAAAUAGUUCUCUGCUUCCAAAGAGAAUUCCCUUAGCUAGAAGAAAGUUGAAUUUAUUUAUUUUUUGUCAGUAGAUUUGCAUUAACCUAGGAUCUUACACACGUCGUUAACAACAUUUGUGUAUGUAGCAGGCUCAAGCUGGGAGGUCACAGGCAAGCUAGGCAAUACAAAGCAGCAUUCUGCUUUUAUUGCUUAUUGUAGCGUGAGAAGUUAACAAAUGAAACAAAACCAAACAUUUUAAGAAUUGCUUUGAAAAACAAAACUCAGCUGCAAGGUGAAAAUCACAGAUGCUUACAAAAUGCAGAAAUCACUGGACAGCUUUAGCCUGAUUACAUAUUGUCAUAUCCAACAGUAAUCAGAGUAAACCUAUUGAAAUUGAUGGAAUUAAGUUCCUUAAGUUGAAUGAUUACAAUAGGUCUGUUCUCAGUGCAAUUUGGUCUUUUAAUCUCUUGUAGAAGUUUAGAGUUAUAAUGAAACAUUUUAUUCUUACCCGCAUGCAACAGUAACAAGUACAUAGCUAACCGACUUGGGCCAUUCUUUUCAAGCUUUUAUUUUAGCAAGGUAUUAUUUCCCACAAGCAAAUGUAUGAUUUUAGACUGUCCUAAAAUCAAUAUUCAGUAUCUUAAGCAUGUAUUUUUUCGUUGCCUAUAUGCAGCAUUUUAUUAAAAAUUGCUUAAUAUUUGUCCAUCCAAAAGUGGCUUUAAAACAAGCAGCUUACUCAAUAAGAACUCAUUGCUGUUUUGUUCUGUUGCAUUAACAAUGUUUUGUUAAAAAUGUGCCUAGCAACUCUGUAUUUGUGACACACCCGGCAAAAUGUAAACAGUCUGCUAAGAGCUAAGGCACAAUAUGACAGCAUGACAAGUAAAAGCAUGUCUUAUUCUGACGUGGGGUUGGAUUCAACGUUUCUUCCAUGAACAGAAAAGCUCAUUCUGUGGAAGAGACAAAUGUUGCUGAAGGAAAGGGGGAAGGUCUUGCAGAUCCCCGUUUCCUCCUUGCCCCCCCCCCAUGCCGCUUCAGUUUUCUGGAAGGUUCCUCAGCCCUCCAGAGUAGUUUUGGUAGAAAGGAAGAGUUGGUGGAAACAGCUUCCACAUUUCCAUCUUCUGAGAGUGACAUUUCACUCCCUGGAACUUUGGAUCUAAGCCAGAGAGUAUAAUCAUGUUUCAGGCAUACUAAAUGGUAUCUCCCCCCUCCCCCCGUAGUUCUCUUUUGCUUGAAUUUAGGGCAUUCCACCAAUGCCAUGUUUAGGCACGGGUAUAAUUAGUGUGGAACUUUCCAGGAAAUAUAUUUAAUGUGGAGUGGUCUGACACAAAAACCCAGCCACCUCUUGUUGGCUUACAUGAGUUGCUUCUUAAGCAUAUCUUUAAAAAGAGGAAUGUGUGCAAUAUAUAUUUCACCUCAGUUUUGAACAUCUUUCGCGAACAUGUUAAAGGUGCAAUAUCUUCACUUUAAGUGGGAAACAUUUGCAAUAAUCUUCCCCCUGUGGUUUGUUUUUGUACCAAUUUAACAUUGUGGGCACAUGGUGGUUCUCUGUUAAAAAUGCACACUACACUCAGUGUUUGGGUUUAGCGCUUUAAUUUGCACUCACAUGCAUAUCAAGAGUUUGAGGUGCUUCCGAUCUUUUGGAUUUUAAGUGAUUACUAUAGGAAAACAAUGGGCAUGGUCCUGUUCCACAGGCACAGCAUUCACACCUGAAUGAUUCCCAUAGGAUCAAUAGAGCCCUGUUUCCCCAUUUUUUGUGGGCACAUAGGAAGUACAAGAGACCGAUAGGAGGAGGAAUGGAACUUUUGUACGCGCGUCUCAUUCAUAUUCGUAGUCCUUGACUGCUUGGUUGAAGUUAUUCAUCCUUCUACGCACAUAUAUAGGUGGGGGUAUUGGGAGCUGAUAUAUAUUGAACUUGUUGGAAUCCUCUACAUACUGGCACUGCACCUGUGGUGGCCUGGAUUGUGCCCACUAGCAUUUGAGCAACUUUUAAAACUGUCACCAUAAUGCUUCAUUAACAUUUCAGUAUAUGGGUAUGUAAUUUGUGCCAUCUUAUUAUAUUGGCAAAUAUUAAGUUAUUGCAUAAAUGUUUAAGAAUAAGCAUUUUUCAUUGAAAAUUUUGUAUGUUUGCAGAUAUAUUUUUGUAAUAAAACUUC